GAGGCGCAGGUGAAGUCCCUCCAGCCCGGUCAGGAGGGACAGGCCCUUGUUGGCUUCGGGGACUUCAAAUUUGAGACCCUGCAGAGCCUGUACGAGUCUGAGGACCGCAAAAAGAUCCGGUAAAUUGUUAAAACAUUUGGAUUCUAAUCAAGUUGCUGUACUGACCAUCGAUAGUUACAAUCAUGUGACUGUUGUCUGAUUUGUACAGAUUUGUUAACUACCUCCGGAGGAAGGCGCCAGCUCCAGGCACGCAGAUGGAGAACGCCGUCCGGUAUGUCCGGAGCAGAGACAGACAGAGAGCAAGCGCUGCUUCUGCUGCAUCCACCACCACAGCCGCCGCUGCCACCGCCGCCAGCAGCAGCAGCAGCAGCAGCAGCAGCAGCAGCAGCGUCUCUGUCUCGGCUGCAAGCCAGAGAGCCAGGAGUGCAUCACAGCCUCUUGGUUCAGCGCUUGCGGCCUUCGUCUCCGGGCGGCGUUCUCUGUCUGCGGUGGAAAUGCAGGCACACGUUAAGAAGAUGGUGGCCCCUAAGCCUGCAUUUCCAGGCAAGUCCAGCUUAAAUGAAAUACUGAGUAAAACUUAAUUUCCUGUGUUCACUGUAUAUUUCUGUUAUCUCUAAUUGUGUGAUUACAGCCUCCCACUACAGCCCCUUCAGACCAGCUCGGACCUCCUCAGUGUCCUCUGAGGAGGUUACAGAUGAAGAGCUGGUCAAGGCAGUAGUUGACAUGGAGAAGUGUAAGUAAAAAGUAUAGAAAUAAUCAUGUGACAAAUUGUUAAUAACAGAAAGGUUUGAAUUCAUUCCUGACCCUUCUUUUUUACUUUGCUUUAUAAAUGUUUCUGUAAUCAGAGAAGGAGAGGAAACAACAGGUAAGUUCUGGUGUCGGCCUGGUGCGCGUCUCCAAUCACUAAACCAAAUGGUCAUAACAUCACUAAUGCGUGCAUCUGUAGAAUAACAUCGCUUCAUCACCCUUUCCCUCGUUGGUAGAAUAACAUUGUCUUCAUCCCUCGUUGCCUGCAUAACUCCUCUAGCUGCUCCCUGCAUCACUCACUCUACCUGGUGAAUCUGUUGUUAUCAUGUUGUCUCAUCUUCACUGUCUCUGUUCACAGCCGCCUCCUAAGCUCCUGUAGUUUCUAUAUGCAGCUUGGCUCAAUGUGUCCCUCAAUAUUAACACGACCAUCUCAUUCUUUCAUGUUACUGAAAUAUUUUAUUUCUCUUUAAGCCUCAGAUGUACAGGCUCUCUCGCUCCUGCAGCAUCCACCUCCCUCCACCUCAGGAGCAGCUGAGAAGGGAGCUGGUGUCUCUGCUCUGCUGGAUGAGCCCACAGACGAGGAGCUGCUGGAGGCCACACAGGACCAAGACCACCCCCUGCAGCCUCCAGCAGCCCUCGUCAUGGUCCAGCCGGCAGAGUCACCAGCUCGCUCGCCGCCGCUGCCACCACCCGCAGCUGCCCUGCUGCCACCGCCGCCGCCGCCCGCAGCUGCCAUGCCGCCGCCGCCUGCAGCAACUAAAGCCCCCGCCCCAGAGGAACAGGAGGAGAUGCCCAGACCAGCCUUCCUCCCUCCCCAACCACCUGCUGACAGCGCUGAGCUGCUGCCUGAGUCCUGGCGGGCAGCUCUCACUGUAGAGCAGCAGCAGUGGAUCGGUCGGGUGCUGUUUUCCAGGGACAGCAGGGGGAGGUCUCGGCUCAUCACCGAGCUGAACCUCUGGCACCACCCGCCCCAAACCCGGCCGGUCUACAACCAGCCUCCCGCGUCCCCCGACCCCUUCUUUGCAUGUCGGCUGUUUCUCUGGAUGCCGCACCGUAUCUGGCAUCUGCAGCUGACAUGCCCCCAGCCUUUGUGCACCGGGACCAUGACAAAGGCUGGGCUGUACAGGACCAUCCGGAGGGUCCUGGACAUCAACGGCUGGUAUCUCAUGGCCACGGAGUACCUGGAGUGCCGUCGGUGUAAGAAGAAGGUCGUGGGGUGGUCACAGGGCAUCAUAAGGCAGCUGUCCCCCACCUACAGCUGCCAGUUUCCAGCCAUACUUACGUACAGGCUGUCCUGUGACCUGAGGGUGGUUGCACAGCUGAGGUCCCGCACUCUGGGCAACGGUGCUAAUCGGCUGUUCAACACCCUGCGGGAGAACCACUCGAACGCCUGGAUGCGGAGAGCGAUCCAGUACCUCGGCGUGUGCGAGCAGUUCCUGGCCUUGUGCUCGGUGAGGGGGCAGUUUCCACCACCGCCCCAGAUGCCCCCUCUGCCCUCACCCAUCUGGCUGCUGACGGUCUACAGCUACGACGUCCUGACGCGGCUGGAUGAGUACAAGGCCAGGAUCACGUCCACCUUCGGAUCCAUCUUGAAGAUGGAUUCCACCAAGAAGGCUAGUGUCACCACAGAAACCCACGAGCUGUACCCCCCCUUCAUGAGGCAGUUGUCUCACUGCAUCUUCGAGGUGGACCCCAGAGAUGCCCGCCGUCUCAUUGAGGCUAAGCGGUCCCAGCUGGAGGGGAGGCACGGGAUGGUUGCGCCGACUGACGCCGAGGUGAUCAAGAAGAUCUCAAAGAAGGAGUGGAGGCUCCACUGCCGUCGCCGGACGCGUGGGCCCGAGGAGUCGACACUCCUCAUCCAGGAGCUCCUCGACACCUUUGGCGGACCAGCAGGGCGCAACACCCUGGACGUCCCGUUGCUGAACGCUCUCCGCAUCCAGGACAUCUGGAGUACGCAGAGGGCCCACCCCAGCUGCAUUCAGGACCCACCGGGUGUACAGCUGUACACCCAGACCGGCAGGCUGACAAAGGGCGGAGUAAGCCUGCCGGUCUAUUGCUGCGCGAGGGGCUCCACGUCUUUGGAGUCCUUCCACCUCAACCGGUUCAUUCCAGGGACCCGCGAGAGUGCAAAGCACUUCCAGACCUUCCUGGUUGAUGGACUGGCGAGGUGGAACGAGGACCGCGCAGCACCAGCAGCUGAGGGACAGGAGGGUCCUCUGCACUCCUACAGUGCACCUCAAGCACAUCCUUAA